GUCAAACAAAUUAACAAUUCAAGCUUCUACUAUUGUCAAACCUUUUGCAUGAGUUCCCACCUAAUUGAUUACUACAUUCUUACGAAAACAAACCUAACCAAUACUCUUCUUCCUCGCUAUAUCAUUCCAAACUUGAUAACCCCCAUACCAUCCCAUCCCAUUCAUCAUAUCGCCAUUGAUGCUGCAGAUCAGAUCAGUCAAAGAAACUGUACUGCAAUGGCGAUGUUGAGAUCACUAACCACAAGAAAAAGCCCACUUGCCUACGAGCAGUUAACGGAUGAAGCCCCGCUGUUCGAGCCCAAGUUGAGCAGAACGACGAGCGUCCCGUCUGCUAAAAAUGGCGGCGUCUUUACUUCUUCAUCGUCCAAGAAAGUGACGAUGUCGUCAGAAACGAAAUCGCAGGCCAAGAAAGCGGAGAAGGCCAGCAAGAUUCACCCCAUUUUCAGCCUCUUCGAUGGGCGCCGGAAGAGCAAGAAGGUUACGGCCAGGCCGGAGUUCUCCAGGUACAUGGAGUAUCUCAAGGAAGGUGGGUUCGGAGGUAUUAUGGACAUGGCCACUAAAUCAAAUAUGUCUGCAAAUUGAAGUUAUGGUCUUUCUUACUCACAAUUUACCAUCCCGAACCAACUGAUCCAGCUACUCGUGCCAGUGAUUUAUGCUAUUUCUUUUUGGUGUAAUUAUUAUUAUUUGGUUUGAAUUUACAAUCCUCAUGAACGUACUGGUGAUGAUAAAUUUGUGUUAAAUCUCACUAUUUUAUUUACUCUCAGAUUAACGAAUAAAACUUUUGUGACAUGUCCAGAUUUUAUUAGUGAAAUUAAAUAAAGGAAAAAUGUAAUUCCAUUUUUUUUUUUUUUUUUUUGGAAUCAAGCUAACUAGCUAAGCAAGUAAGUAAGCAUGCAUGUUAGGUCAGUAAAAAGUGGCAGCAAGGUAAAUAAUUACUUUUUCGUUAUUUAGGUGUAUAAAGAUGGAUUUCAUUGUAAUAUGUUGUGUAAAAUUGUUUCU